GAAGAACGGGAAUAUACAUUUAGAUUUAUAAUGGAUUACAUAAUACGAUUCAAUUAUCUAAUUUUAUUAUUCGUUUUAGUUUCCUCAAUAUAUUCACUAGAUAGUAUAACCGAUUCUGAUGAUCUAGAUGAGAUAAUAAAUGAAGAACCAGAAAAUAUGGUAACAUUUUAUCGACAAGAUCGUUCUACACUAUUUCCACGAGUUGGUAGAUCAGAUACAAGGAGAAUGAAUAGAUUGAAACGAAUUCUAAUGAACAAUCCAGGUUCCACUAUUGGUUCACCGAAACGAGCUGUUCGUAUUGUGCGCUAUGGAAAAUAAUAAAUUGG